AUGGCUGUUGAAGAAUCGUCAUCAUCUAAGGUCCCACGAACUGUAUUUGAAGCCCACGUUCCAGAUCAUUAUUAUGAUUUACCGACCCAAGAUUCAAAUAAGCCCGACUUUUGGGUUUAUAUAAAAAUUGCAGGAACUAUUCAGGAAAACCUAUAUGAAGAAAUUCCCGGAAAGCAAAAGCUAGGGUUCCAAUUAAUUGAAGAGAAUAAGGAGUUCCUGUGA